AUGACGGCCACCGACGAUCCGAUAGUGAGAAGCAUUAGGUUUAGAGAGUUUAUGGAAAGCGAACCCAUGUGGAGAUUUCGACUAGGAGACAAUUGGAGAUAUGAAAGUCGACUCGCCGUGACUGAUCAUGCCGUCAUCGCGCAUUACCGAUGCCAAGACGAGGAUCCUCUUCACACCAGAGAUGUGGUUCUCAAGAUCAAGUAUAAAAAUCCGCUUCGACUCGAGCAAGGCGAUCGUCCCAAUGGCAUUCCGGACGGGUGUCCGCACAAACUUGAACAUAACAACGUCUACCUGUUGUCGGGAAAUGGCCGUCGGACGGAGCAGCAGAUGUCAUCUUAUUCACUGGCUCCCCGUCCGAAAAAUAUUAUAAGGCAAUAUGGACGUGCGCAAGUGGUGGGAUUAAGGGAUCAAGUCCCAAAUGAAGUAACGUUCUUGGAGUAUUGUCCGGGUAUUGAGUGGGACGAUAGGUUGUGGCAUAAUUUGGAGAUUUUUGAUAGGCAGGAUAUUGAUGUUAUUCCCGAGGUGGAUUUAUGGAUUAUUUUCAAACAGUUUACCAGAAUGAUCAUGAUGCUAGAUUGUGGUAACGAAAUCCCGUCGAAUGCAGGUCCUUUUGAUGGUCGGCAAUUGGGCUGGGAACAUCAUGAGAUGUGUCAUUAUGAUAUUGAGCCGAGAAAUAUUUUGAUCGGGUAUCGAGAGUCGGGGGACGAUCGUGUGCCGAUGCUUAAGCUUUGCGAUUUUGGAGACACGCUCCGCGUUCUAACAUAUGAGCAUCAGGAUAAAUUGGGGCGUUACAGAUUUGCAAAUCAACUCAAUGGUCGAGAAGGUUACCGAGCACCCGAAGCAGUGAUCGGUGAUACCGAGAUGGUACAACCAUUCCACAACGGCUCAUGCAGCAACAUAUUCCAAUUCGCGAAUAUCAUCCGCCUCCUCAUGCACCGCGAUCAAUCGUCGUCCAUGCAUCUCCAUCCCCAAGACGAAGACUGGAUAGAAGAUCUCGGGGAAUAUACCGAAAGCAAGCCCUUAUCAUACGCAGCAUCACUCGACGACGACGACGCCGACAGCAAGAUAAAGGAUAACUAUAGCGGGACCCUCAAAGACCUCGUCAAAGAAUGCAUGCGCGAAAAGCCAAGCCGACGACCCCGCGCCAGAGAUCUAUGGCUCCGCGUCCGCGACGGCUACGAAGCAUGCAGAGCCCCCAUGCAAGGACCUUACGACCCGGCCAAACCAUCGAGGACCUGGCCUGCCAUCCACCCCAUUUUCGCCAAGGCCCCCGUCGCACCCUCGCCCCAUUACCGAACCGCUGCUCCGCAAUGGCUCGGAGAUGCUGCCGCGCCAAGCACACCUCACCUUGCAUCACCGGAAUGGGAACCGCCUCCCACCCUGAACGGGCAGCCCAUCCCUCGCGAAGGAGAAUAUGAGUACAAAGGCGACGAUCUCCCGGACAUAAUACCGGGAUAUCUCCGCAGUCGUCCGCAGGUGCCGCUGCGAUAUCCGCAUGGAUAUCCGAUGUUGGAAACGCGUGCUAGUGUUAAUAUUCCGGAGCGCAAAUCGGAUGUGUGUGGCAGUAUUACAAGGAACGUGCAGUUGAUGGAGUAUUAUGAUAGGAUGGGCCAUAUGUGGAUGGGGGAGGAAAAUUAUUGGAAAAUGUUGGAGGCGGGGUUGGAUCCCCAGACGUAUAAUUGGGGGAUGACAAUUCCGGAUCCUGAGAGGGAUUUGGAGAGGGGGCAGUUGUCGGGGACGGAGUAUGAUACCGAGGAGGAGGAGGGGGGUGAGAGUGGUGGGGCUUGA